CACCUUUGAGCGAUAGCAAUUACGUUCUCUAACAAAAUAAUUCAAUAAACGUACCAAAUCGUCCGGCUACUCCUCGGAUAACCAUUACACUCAGUUCCCAGACCGUCGCCGUCAAUUGCCACCUGAAAUUUCCAAUUCCUCCCCCUCCACAACCGCCGGAAAAUAUCAGCCAAUCUCCCUUGGCCUCUAUUUAGCGCUCAUGGGUGAACAAACCCAAGUACAAGCAAAACCCGAAACCCAAACUCCACCCCAAUCCCAACUCCAACCCCGAUCUCCACCCAAUUCCGAUUCCACCCUUGUAUCCAACUCUCCCGUUGAUCUUCCCCCAAACCCCUCCAACCCUUCCAAAAUCCCAAUUCGACCCCAGAAAAUCCGAAAACUCUCUUGCACCCCCUCCUCAAAAACCCCACAAACGACCGCAUCCUCCGCGACGCCAGCAUCCACCAAGAGUCGCCGAAAGAGCGCGCCAAAAUCAUCAUCAUCUAGGGGUUUGCCUCAAAUCAUCAAACCCUUAUCAGCUAACGGCGAAAUCGACAAUGCACUCUUACACCUCCGUUCAGCCGACCCGCUUCUCGGUUCCUUAAUAGACACACUUCCGGUCCCUCAAUUUGAAUCACACCAUUCUCCGUUUUUAGCCUUAAGCAAGAGCAUUCUGUACCAGCAACUAGCUUAUAAAGCAGGCACCUCAAUUUACACGCGCUUCGUGUCCCUUUGUGGCGGAGAGGAUGCCGUUUGCCCUGACGUCGUCCUCUCCCUAUCCGCUCAACAGCUCAAGCAGAUAGGUGUCUCGGGGCGAAAGGCUAGUUAUUUAUAUGACUUAGCUAAUAAGUAUAAAAAUGGGAUUUUGUGUGAUGAUGCGCUUGUAAAGAUGGAUGAUAAGUCAUUGUUUACCAUGCUUUCGAUGGUGAAGGGUAUUGGUUCUUGGUCAGUGCAUAUGUUCAUGAUUUUUUCACUGCAUAGGCCGGAUGUUUUGCCUGUUAGUGAUUUGGGGGUCAGGAAAGGUGUCCAGUUGUUAUACGGAUUAGAGGAAUUACCUAGGCCAUCCCAGAUGGAGCAAUUGUGCGAGAAAUGGAGACCAUAUAGGUCAGCUGGGGCGUGGUAUAUGUGGCGGUUUGUGGAGUGGAAAGGGACUCCAACUACUGCUGCAGCUGCAAUUGAUGCUGGUAAUGUGCAGCCGUUGCAGCAAAUUCAGACAGGACAGGAGACACAGCAACAUCAGUUGCAGCUUCUCGAGCCUAUAAAUGGCAUUGGGAAUCUUGGGUAUUUGACUAUUUUCCGCCUGAAGGCUUGCAUUUGGAGCCAAUGACCGAAAGUGUUCAGAUGUCAGACUAUUCGCUGAGGCUGGAAUGUGUAUGCAAAUAAAGAAUCGGUUUCCUAAGAUGCUGUGCACCAAAAUUCUGUGGCAAGUGUUAGUAUUGAGUUAAGCUAGGUGCUGUAAAGGAAUGUGCUAUAUAUGGCAGAGCCUCAUUUGUUUGAUUGAUGUGAGGGACUGCUGCAGUACUCGAAAUGCUGUAAAGGAAUGUGCUAUUUGUUUGUUUGAUUGCCAUCCCUAUCCGACUGCACUUUCUUCGUAUAGAGGUAAUACAAUGCUCACUAUUUCUACCCCCCUUCCUCCCCAAUUCCUUAAUUCUCUUGUCCCAUUUAAAUGUAAAAUUACGAGAAUAAACGGCUUCAAACGGUGUUGUGAUUUUUAGCAGCGAGGUAUGAUAUAAAUAAACUUUACUAUGAUAGAGAUUCA